AUGCAGAUGCCAACACUCAUCAGGUGGUUCGCCUGCUUUCUGGUCGUGGCUUUGGCGCAGAACCUCAAGGGCAGCGUGGACGUCGUGAGCGCUGUGACGGAUGAUUCUACAGCGGCCGCCCCAACGGAUCUGCAUCAUGACGAGGCUGAGUCGAAGCUCCAUCCUCCUACGACACCGCAAGCCCUCGCGGCCUUCGUCUUGGUCUUUCUGAUUCCUGGAAUCGGGCUGAUCGUCAUGAAGAAGGGCAAGGACAACGGCUGGGAGGGAGCCUUCGGCUUCAUCUGCUGCAUCAUCACGCUCGUCUGGGUGUACACCGCCGUGCUCGCCCUCUCCGCUUGA